AUGGGGAAGCCAUAGGGAGUUUGUAUCAUGGCAACAGAUGAGGAUGGACUGGGACUGUUUGAUAUCCGCUAUGGUGCUGAAGCUUCCCCCUUCAAGGAAGGUGAUGAGAGUUCAGUGGAUAUUUACGAUGGCUUGGACAACAGCUUGACAGUUCCUGACAAUUCUGCUCCAAAUUCUACACCAGCUGGAAACAGCUUAAAUUUAUUUGAUGAGAUAUUAAUUGAAGAAGGGACUGCAAAGGAAGCAUCCUACAACGAGUUGCAGGCAGAAUACGGAAAAUGUCAGCAGCAAAUUAAAGAGUUGAUGAAGAAAUUUAAGGAAAUACAGGCACAGAAUGUCAUUCUACAGAAUGAAAACCAAGCUCUCAAAAAGAAUAUUUCAGCACUUAUCAAAACAGCAAGAGUGGAAAUUAACCGUAAGGAUGAAGAAAUCAGUAAUCUCCAUCAAAGGCUAUCAGAAUUUCCCAAUCAUCGAAGUAGCUUCACCAGAACAUACCUUCCAGGAUCAACUAAUGGAAGGUGCUCUGAGAUGUGUAAAACAAAAGAUUCCAAAUUCAGACCUUCUGAUUUAGGUGACAGUAUAAAGAUGGAGCAUAGAAUGAAAAAUGACUGUUCAAAAGAUACAUACCACAGUUACUCAUCUCAUAAUACGGACAAUGGGAAGUCUAGCUCCGACAAAAGAAACACUCCAUAUUUACUGAGAUACCCUCCCGAAGAGCUUUGCAACGAUGGUACUCAUACAUCGAACUAUGACCAUAGUUCCAACAAGGAUAACAGAAAGGAAAGAAAAGAAAUUAAAAGUAAUGAACAGUAUAGUAGGGGAAAUGUCAACAAAUACAAAAGAGAAGUACAUCAGAGCACUGGAAACAAUGGGAACUGUAACAAUGGUGACAGUGAAGAGGGGAAUUCAGAUCCUCAGCAAAAGCUGAAAACCCUUUCAGAGAAGGCUAGUAGAAAUGAGUUGCAACAAAAAAGUCAGAGCAUAAAACUCAAAUGCAGUCCAAGUGUAGAAAGAAGAGUAGAAAGGGGUGUUUCUUCCUGGGAGAAACAAACUACCAGUAAAGACAGAUUUCAAACAAGAGGUGAUUUGUAUGCUGAUGAGAGAUCACAAAAUUUAUUAAAAAAAGACAUUAAAACACAUGAUAAAGAUGAAAAAAACGCUGGCCAAAAAAAUAAACUAAGUGAAAAGCUACAAGAGCAACCAAGGAGGUCUGGUAGAGGGAGCAGUCCACACUCAAAGAAUGAACAUUCAAAGAGUCUUCAUGAAUCACGUAAAUGUCGCGUGGAAGAGUCUAGAAAAGGAAGAGACAUUGACUGCAAGAGGGACAGGGGAACAAAUGAUCAUACCUCUCGAGAAGGAAGGACUUCACCUUCUAGUUCCAACAGCAGAGAGCAUAAAUACGCACGCUUGAAGGAAAAUAGUAGUAGAUAUGAAUGGGAAACAGCACAUUCCAAAUCAGAAAGACACAGAACUGAAGAAAAAAGGAAAAGAGAAAGAGAGAAUCAGGAUGAAAAUAGACAUUUUAGAAAUGAAAGAAAAGUUGCAAAAGAGAUUUCUCACCAAUCUGGAAAAGAAUCCAAGAAAGGUACAGAUGUUACAAAAAGUGAGAGAAACAAGUCCUAUAAGCUAGAAGAAAGCUUAAAAGACCAUAAAAUCUCCAAAACUAAAGAUGAUCACACUGGGACAAAAAGCAAAGACUUAAAACUUAGCUUUAUGGAAAAGCUAAAUUUAACUCUUUCUCCUGCUAAGAAACAAUGUCUUUCUCCAACAGAUGGACUUAAAACACCUUCCCAAAAGGCCGCUGAUGAGGGAAUUACAGAGCUCACGCUGCAAGCAGAAAUGUUAGACUCUGCCCACCCUGUUAAAUCUGGUCCUGCAGAGCAAGCUAAUUCAACACUACAAGUUCUGGACAGUGCAGCUCCAAGCGAUGUGGAACCAGCACUGCCUGUUUCUGUCAAUUCUGAAAAUGAAGCCUUGAAAGUAGCAGCAGCAGAUCCAGCACAAUCUGAGGCAUUGCCAGCAGUGGCAACCGGUGAACCGAGCUCGGACACCUUACCAGAAGCAGAAGUGGGUCAGGUACAGCCCCAAGCCUUGCCAGGAGCAGCAGAGGUACUGGUUCCUGAUGAGAGGCAGGCUGAAACCUUGUCAGCUCUAGCAGAGGCUUGUGAUCUGGUUGAAUCGGAAACCUCAGCACCAGCAGCGUCAGUGACGGAUCUGAAUCACCCUGAACCUUUGCCCCUGGAGGUGGCAGAGAGUGUGGCAGAGUGUGAAAACUUGCCUGUGACGGUGGGUGUGAUGCAGGACGGUAAUGUACCAGCAGCAGAAAUGGCACAAUCUGAACCUGCUGGUGAAAGUAUGGGAGCCCUUCCAGAGUCAGCAGCAGAGAAGAAAGAGGAAGAUAAAAUAUGUCUAGCUGCUGACAUAGCAACAGACCAAUGUGACUCUCAAAACCUUGUCUUAGAUGACUCAGAAGCCAAAAGUUCUCGUGACCCGGAGUCCUGUGAUGUCACAGAUGAUAUUAGUGAAACAAAACCAGACUCUUUCACGGAAGUAGUGAAAGACGAUGAUCACUUGGCUGCAGAAAAUGUUGAGUGUCCCGUUGAGGAAAAGGGUAUCUGUGAAAUUAAUACGAGUACAUCUCAGUCACCUGGCAGAACUAUGUUAACUGAUAAGGAUGAACCAUUAGUUGACCAGAAUGCUUGUGAUCUGGAGCCAGACCUAACUGAAAUCAGUACUGCAGCAUCUUCUCUUAGUGGUGAGAUGUAUCCUAGAACUAAAGAGAGAGAAACUAACCCAGUUCCUGUUGAUGAUGACAGCUCAAUACUGAGCAUUGAUCUCAAUCACUUGAGGUAUAUUCCAAAGGCAAUCAGCCCACUGAACAGUCCAAUGCGCCCUUUGGCUAAAGCACUUAAGAUGGAAAGUCCCUGCAAAAGUCUUGUGAAGAGUUACAGCAAAG